AUGCCAUUGCAGCAAAACACGAUGAAACAAAUUUGGGUUUCUGUACAGAAAAGUUUUCAGAAAAAUGUUUCUCUGACAUAUGCAACAUUCGAUCCCACUUCUGAUGGUUCUUCGAUCUGGAGUGUUCUGUACAAACAUGGAAAUUUAGAAAAAAAAGAUAUUUCGUUAGAAGUAUUUCAAGAGCUUGCCAUAGCUCUCUGCGCCGAAUCAGUUUGUCAACCAAACUCGGUAGUAAAUAUUGAGUUUUUACUGACUUGGGAUAUGCCAGUCGUUAAAUUUCGCGGUGGAAAACGAGAAUACGUCAGGCGUUAUCGAAGGUUUUUUCGCAGUAAAAACGAUGACUUUACAACAGAAUUAUGUAAUCAUGGAUUUUCUUGUAGACUUGCAUGGGAAGAGCAAAUUAACAAUUGGCAAAAUAAAAUUCUGAAUGACCACAGCUUGCCUGAAUGGUACAAAUCAGCACUUUUCAAUGAAUUAUAUUAUAUGACUGAUGGUGGUACAAUCUGGGUUGAGUAUGAUGAAAGUUGGCAGAAAACUGAGAGAAACAUGAGUGAGGAAACUAUCAGGCAGUUCAAACAAUAUGGACGUUUUGCUUACCUUGAGUCUUGGGAAUAUCACAUGAUGAAUACUUAUGAUGUUCACUUUUAUUCUUCUUUUGCAUUUAUGGUAAAUUGGCCUGAAAUUGAACUUUCCAUACAGCUUGAUUACGCUGAUCAAGUGACUUCUGUUGACCACCAUGAAUACUACAGUCUUUACGAAGGAACAUUUACUAAAAGAAAAAAUUUCGGCCGAAUCCCACACGAUUUGGGAAAUCCAUGUAAUGUUUUUCUAUUUACGAUGCUUUUUCUAUCAUCGUUUCAGUUAGUAGUUGCUGUAAUAUUACCGUUAAUUUGUUCAUAA